AUGGACGCUCGAAAGCGAAAGAAGAAAGUGCUUCUUAUGGGAAAGUCUGGCUCGGGCAAAUCUUCCAUGCGCUCCAUCAUAUUUAGUAACUAUGUUGCGAAGGACGUCCGCAGACUAGGCGCGACCAUCGACGUUGAGCACAGCCAUGCUCGUUUUAUGGGCAAUUUGACCUUGAAUUUGUGGGAUUGUGGAGGUCAAGAUGCCUUCAUGGACUCUUACCUCAACUCCCAGCGCGAGAACGUCUUCACGAAUGCACAGGUCCUGAUUUAUGUUUUCGAUAUUGAAUCGCGCGAAGUUGAUCGUGACCUCGAUACCUAUUCGGCAGUUAUUUCCGCCCUGAAACAGUUCUCCCCAAGUGCUAUGGUCUUCUGCCUCGUGCACAAGAUGGAUCUGGUACAAGCUGAACACCGCGAGCGCAUCUACGAAGAAAGAUGUCGGAUGAUUCUUACCCAGUCAGACAGUAUGAGUGUAGAAACAUUUGCUAGCAGUAUUUGGGACCAAACACUAUACAAGGCAUGGGCAGGUAUUGUACACAAGAUGAUCCCAAACCUGAGCAUCAUUGAGCGCUUCUUGAGAGCCUUCGCUGAACAAAUCAGCGCAGAAGAGAUUGUUCUAUUCGAGCGAAGUACGUUCCUCACAGUGACGAGUGUCGACACGACAGCGCCAAAGGGUACCUCAGAAGAAACUGCGAACCCCAAUCCGGACAGGCACGAAAGAAUAUCGAACAUAAUGAAGAGCUAUAAGCAUACAGUCGCAAAGUCCACCAAGGGGCCAUCUUCAUCCUCUGUCUCUGCCGCUGGCUUCGUCCUCUACAAAGUGCAGACACCGAGUUUCAACGCCUUCCUGGCGAGGUUUACAGAGAAUACCUACAUCGCGGUCGUGGUCCCACCAGGUGAAGCAGCCUUCAACUGUGCUGUUCUCAACACGAUGAUGGCAAAAGGCGCAUUCUUGAAGAAGACGGGUGUGGAAGGAUGA